UAACGCUACUUCACCACCGAACAGUCCUCAGGCAACUGGAUGAGCGUCAAUUUUAAGAGCGAGGUCUGGAGUCUCUGUCACUUCUCACGCGCUUCAAACAAAGCGUUUUAUCCGUUCGCACGUGCUUCAGUAAUAUAUCGGGCAUUUGUCUCGUUUAGAGGAAAAACAUCAAUGUUUGCGGCUGGUUGUUGAGCUAGCCUACUUUCUGGAACGGGUUAUUUCUUUUCUGUUAUUGGCUACUUUUAAAUUCAGUUUUGUUUCUUCGGGAUUUAUUUCCAUGGCAAGAAGCGGAAGCUAUUAAUUUGAAUAAAAAACGAAUAACACAGUAGGACUACACUCCGAAUAUCAGAUGACAGAGAUCGAAUCCCAUAAUGGCUUGUAACAACUACUUACUGCUUAAAGUUUUCUUGAUUUUACUUGGUACUGCACUGACCAUUUGCUUCCUCCAGCUGGGGACCGUGGAUUUCAUGAAAACAGUGAUAGAAUUUGGGUACUCCAGAACCUCUCACCAUAUAAUCUUCGUCAAACCAAAACUUGGACCUAUUCUCAGCACAAAUCGCUCAUCGUGUUUCAGCGAUGGUACAUUUGCAAGACCAAAAAUACCAGAAAAACUGCUGAAGGACAUUAUGAAACGCAGAGCAGAGGAGUACAGGCAAUACCAGCUUAGGAUGGGGGACAACAUGGACAAACUUCUUAUUGCACCAGCCAACUCUCCUCUCCAAUAUCCAAUCACAGGUUUCGUAGUAUCUCCAAUGGAAAAAUCUCUAAUACCAGGUCUUGCUCUUCAGACACAAAAGAGGGCGGUGUACAAGGUGUCUUUGAGCGUGAAUAAAGGAGUGCUCUCAGUGAAGGAUCUUCUGGAUGGAGAUCAGGUGGAGGGACAGGGUCAGAGUAAUCUGACCAUCUCAUCCAGCAACAUCACACAUCUCAAUGAUCUUCUGUCCAGAGUGACCUACACCAGCACCAUCUACCACAUCAGGACAUCAGACUUAAUUCAUUUCACUUUUGAGGACCAUGAGGUCAUGUUUCCCAUCAUGAUUAGGAGACUAACGGUUCCUGUUCUGUAUGACCCAGGAAAAGAUGUCAACUCACAGGUGACCAUAGUAACCAAGACAUUUUUGAGGUAUGAUGAGCUGAAUGUCCUCAUCAAAAGUAUCCGGAUGUUUUACCCAGAGAUCAAGAUAAUUAUUGCAGAUGACAGCCUGAAGCCUGAAAAUAUUACUGGAAACAAUAUUGAGCAUUACAUCAUGCCUCCUGCACAGGGCUGGUUUGCAGGGAGGAAUCUUGCAAUAUCACAAGUCACCACUAAAUAUUUCCUGUGGGUGGAUGAUGACUUUGUAUUUUUGAAAGGAACCCGGAUUGAGAGUUUUGUAGAGAUUAUGGAAGCGUUUCCAGAACUGGACAUUCUUGGUGGUGCGGUAUCAGGCAAUCAGUUUUAUUUCAAAUUUGAGUAUGAAGAGGGAGAUGACGAGGAAGGAGGCUGCCUGACACGUAUUAAAAACAGCUUUCAUCAGCCACUUCCAAACACUGAUGACUGCAUCCUCGUAGAUGGAGUUGUAAAUUUUUUUUUGGGUCGGACGGAUUCAGUGAGAAGGGUCGGCUUUGAUCCUUACCUGAAAAGAGUGGCUCAUUCUGAGUUCUUCAUGGAUGGACUUGGACAACUGUUAAUUGCCUCCUGUAAAGGCCUGUCCAUUGGCCACCAAAAACAUCGGACUCGAGGCAAAUAUGCUUACUUCAGACAACAGAAGAAAGUUGAUGGGAGGAAUAAAGUGCAUCAUCAUUACUUUAAGAACUAUUUGAAGUAUAUAAAGUUCUGACAGGCAUUUGUCGUCCUCUCCCAUUUAGACUUUAGUUUUUUUGAAGUAUUUUGAAGUGUUUUUGACCAUGAAAGGUAUAUUUUAGUGAGUGACUUAAAUAUAUAUAUAUAUAUAUAUAUAUAUAUAUAUAUAUAUAUAUAUAUAUAUAUAUAUAUAUAUAAAUAAAUAAAUGUGAAUGUGAUCCCCAGACUAAGAAAUAUCUCUCUGUAAAUUAGUUUUUGACUAACAAUAAUAUCACAGUCUAAAUGUCUGCUGAGGUUUGCAGUUUGUGAGAUUUGUGUCUGUAUUGUUAAAUGAAUAAUAGAUGAUAUUCUGUUAGUGUUUCUAAAGAAGAGGCCAGUUGCUGAUUGAAUGCUUUUACUGGUAAUACUUUGUAAACAGCAUUGAAUAAAUAUAUAUGUAUUAUUUA